GGAAGGAAAGUUUAUUACCAGCGUACCGCGCAUAUCGUGGUUUCAAUAGAACAUUUCGUGCGAUUGAAGCUUGGCUAUGAGUAGCCAGACAGAGUAUCAACGUUUGACCCAGAACGAAUAUGAGGACGUCGGUGUCCUAGUAUCUAGUACUAGUGACUCGGAGCGUGAUGAUGACGAGGACGGAGAGUUGCUGUUUCCAGUCCCAACGGAUGAAAGUGAUCGCCGGAGAACCACUUCCGACGAACGCAGGUGGUUAACGACGCAAGGAACCAUCGUCGACAUUGACGGAGACCCCGGCAAAGGCGGCAAAAUGAAAAGCGAAACGUAUCAGGAGCUGGUCGGUUCGGGAAAGCGGAACCUCCGGCGCUACAUGCUUCUCGGGACCGUCGCCCUCAUUCUGACGGUCGUCGCAGUCGCCCUGGUGGUCAUGCUGACGGCCGGCAACGAUGACGAAGGAUCCCCCGAAACAGCCCCGAUCGUAUUGCCUGGUCAGCCAAUCACACUGGAGGAAGUGCUAUCGGGGCGCCUGUCCGCUAGUGGCUACACUGGCACCUGGAGCUCGAACGGGAAGAUCAUCUAUCGGGAUGAUUUCGGCUCGGUGAUGGUGUACGAUCCGGAGUUGAAUGAAACAACAACACUGCUGGGCCCAACCCACGAGCAGCUGCUGGAGGGCUUCAAGUUCGAUCUGUCGCCCGACGGGAAGUUUUUGCUGGUGGCGCGCGGUUACAGCAAAAUCUUUCGCCACAGCUAUCUGGCCAUUUACGAUAUCUUCGAUCUGCAGACCAAUCAGGUGAUUCCGGUGAAUGUCGGUGGCACGAGGCGACCGCUAAACCUGGUUGAAUGGGGCCCAGUUGAUCACUCGUUCGUGUUUGUGUUCGACAACAAUCUGUACUACUGCGAAGCACCUGGUUCGGCCGAGGUACAGAUCACGACCGACGGUAGCCCGAGCGUGUACAAUGGCAUUCCCGAUUGGGUGUAUGAGGAGGAAGUGUUCUCGACCAACAUCGCCACCUGGUUCUCGCCCGAUGGUCGGCGGAUAGCGUUCAUCCGGUUCAACGACACCGACACACGGCUGAUGAAGAUUCCGAUCUACGGUCCGCCGGGACACCCCGACUACCAGUAUCCUCGCGAACUGUCGCUCCACUACCCGAAGGUGGGUACGAAAAACCCGGUGGUGCACCUGUUCCAGUACGAUCUCCGGGAACGCAAGAUGCAGGAGGUGGAAGCACCCCGUGAGCUCGUCAACGCGAACCAGGACCACAUCAUCACCAGCGUGGGAUGGUCUCCUUCAACCGACCGGCUGGUGACGAUCUGGAAAAACCGUGUGCAGAACCAUGCCAUUCUGCGGUCAUGCAAGGCCAUGGAAGCGACACCAGGUGCAGAGGAUUGUAUGACGGUGCACGAGAUCAAAGAGGGAGACGGAUGGUUGGAUCUCUUCAGUGCUCCCGUGUUCAAUGCACUGGGAACACACUUCGUGAUCAUUGCGUCCCAAAGCCAAGGACUCGUAGGUGGUUACAAGCACGUCACAAUGAUCUCGACCACGGAACAGUCGAGCGUUGUGGCCCUCACGAAGGGCCACUUUGUCGUGCAGGACAUCCUAAAGUGGGACCCCGAAACGAAUCUUAUUUUCUACACCGCCAACACGGAGGAGGAAUCGCACAUCCUGCACGUGUACGCCAUCGAGGCCCGCGAAGGAUCGGUGGCACAGUGUUUGACGUGCGAUGUGGACGUGGGCGAGAAACAGAGCUUCUUUAACGCGCAGGUUAGCCCGAAAGGGGGCAAUUACGUUGUGCUGGAAGCGCGAGGACCAAACAUUCCCUGGAGUCACGUUUUUCACUGGAGCGUUCCGGCUGGAUCGACUAACAAGACCGUCCAGUUGAAGUUGAUUAAGAUGUGGGAAUCAAAUCACCACCUCGAGCGGAUGCUGAAAGGAAAAGCAGUCCCGAGGGUGGAAAUUCACGAAAUCGAUCUCGGCAAUGGAUACACGGCGAAGGCGAAGCUACUUAUACCGCCCGGUAUCAACACGACCAGUGCGGCCGUGAAGCUGCCGAUGCUGGUGGACGUUUACGGUGGCCCCAACUCGGCCAACGUCGUCGAUACGUGGGGCAUCAACUGGGGUACGCAUUUGGCGUCGAACCGCUCGGUGGUGUACGCCAAAAUUGAUGGACGCGGCAGUGGAUUGCGCGGUGAUCGGUUAAUGUACCAAAUCUAUCGGAAGCUGGGCACAGUCGAGAUAGACGAUCAAAUAGCGGGAGCCAAAAAGCUGGCCGAACAGUUACCGUACAUCGAUGCGAACCGGAUGGCCAUCUGGGGCUGGAGCUACGGAGGUUAUGCAUCAGCGAUGGCCCUAGCACACGAUGUGGACCACGUGUUCCAAUGUGCCGUUUCCGUUGCACCGGUCACCGAUUGGCUGUUUUACGAUUCCAUCUACACCGAGCGCUACAUGGGUCUCCCGAAGGACGAUAACGAGCGCGGCUAUGAACGGUCACGGCUGACGGCACUUCACGAGCGGUUCCGGAACCGUAGUUUCCUGCUGGUGCACGGCACGUACGACGACAACGUUCACUUCCAGCAGGCGAUGCAGCUGUCCCGGGCCCUCGAAACGCACGACAUUAUGUUCAAGCAGGUGAGUUACCCCGACGAGGAUCACAGCUUAGCUGGCGUUCGCCCGCAUCUUUACCACACACUCGGCAGGUUCUUCAGCGAGUGCUUAAAGUUGCAGUAAACUCCAUCGUGUCGCAAAGAAAACCUUCACGUCUAGCAGAUCCUUCCCCAAACCUUACCAGACUUGAAACCCGUCCCAAUUGAAACUCGUCGCUAGUGCACCCCAUUGUUUCUUCCUGUUCGACGAGGUUCUUGUGGUUCCGUUAAACAAUCACCGCGCUCCCUCCUCACCGUGUUCGUGAUACAGUUCUCCUCACCAAAUCCUUGCGAGAGGCACGAGCGCGCACGCCGCGGAUUGGUGAUGUAUAUAAUAGAUUAGCUUUGUAUGUUGUAAUGGAGACGUAAGUGUCUGUUGUUGAAACGUUUCCUAUCACGCGAUAGGAUCCUCGUAAGCAUUUCCGUUAACGUACCGUUCUUCGUGGCUGUUCUUGUGCGGAAACACCGGUUGUUGUUGGAAGCAGAUUUUACCUGUGUGUAAAUAUAAGUUCAAACCGUACGAGCAUUAGAUAAAUUAAGGCAGCAUUAAACGGGAUGAAACAACAUAGAGAGAGAGAAAGACAGAGGAAAGAUUACUGGGACAUACUGUAACUGGCGGAUCAUGGCAGUAUUUCUCUACAAAGGAUACUGAAAACAGAGACAUACCUUACAGAAGGACCAAACGUGUUUAUAAAACACUAGUCACUGGCAGGAAGAAGAAACGGAUAAAAACUGUCUUGUGUUGCUGAUUGAUCCCGAGAGAUAAACGUUCGGAGUGAGAAUGAUAAAACUAGGCAUAGAAAGUGGCCAGAUAGUGGAAAAUAAAGCAUCUU